CAUUCACCGUCUAUUCACCUGCUCUGCCAAACCUUUGCUCUUUGUGCUUUAAUUAUAUUUUUUUCUGUUAUGAUGAACUUUGCUUUGAGUUAUUUGGAUACAAACUUUAAAGAAGAAAGAAGUAUAUGGGCUUAAAUAUAAAUAUUAAUUCCUUCCUGAUAAAAUGAAGAGAUUAAGGACAUGUCUCACUGUACUGGCUGGGAUCUCCGCCCUUUUCCUCCCUGCUAAAAUUGUUUCUUUUAAAGUGAAAUGUGUGCCCCAACAUACGGCUGUCAUCUCUGAAAAUGUGAGACUUUAUUGCAAAGUUCUUGGCCUGAGCGCAGAAUACAUCACCUAUGCAUCCUGGUAUAAAGACAGGGUGCUUGGAGAGUAUGACAGAGACAAUAUACAACAAGAAACUCCAACACACUCCUCGAGAUUUCAGUUUAAGAAGGAUCUCAUCAGACAAGGGAUCAUCUCACUGAAUAUCAAAAAUGUAGAGCAAGGUGACCAGGGGAUCUACAAGUGCAAAGUCAGCUCCGUUUCAAUCACCCGGGAGGCUACAGUGAAGAUUACAGUGCAGCAAACUGCCACAUAUACUGUAAUCGUAUUAUUGGGAUAUUUGCUUCUAAUUUUCCUUGGAAUAUGUUUGCUGAUCUAUUGGAAUAGCAGUAGACCCAAUGAGAAACAAAAUGAUAACACAACAGAAAAGAAUGGUGCUCCUCAAAAUAUACUUAAAGCAGGAGGCUUGGAAAAGGUACCAUCCAUUUUCGUAGAAAACAAGAAGUCCUUUCACCUUACAGGCAGCUUUCCACAAGUCGGUGAAAUUCUCGCUGAUACUCAAAGAUAUCCUUUUGUGCCUGAAGAACAAAUUAAGGUCUACGAGGACCAAGUACUUGGCAUUGGUGGUAGCGGGACAGUGUACUAUGGAUCUUACUUGGGAACCCCGGCUGCAAUAAAAAAAAUCGCCAAUAAAGAUUUUUCAGUUUUAGUAAAGCGUGAAAUAUCCAUCUGCAUGGGUCUUUCUCAUCCUCAUAUCGUGAAGCUGAUGGCUGUUUGUAGUACAGAUGAAGCGUAUUUAAUUGCCAGUGAAUAUAUCGAGGGUGCCAGUCUGGACAAAGUGCUUCAUCAGAACGUUGACUUCCAGCUAACUAGAGAAGAGGUGCAUAAAAUUGGUCUGGAGAUCGCUCUCGCUGUUCAAUAUAUCCACUCCAGGAAUAUCUUACAUCGUGACAUAAAGCCAGCAAACGUCAUGGCAAAGGCACAAUCCAAGAAGGCCCUACUUACAGACUGGGGAAUGGCUGAAGCCUGCGAUUCUCUCAUUUUAAGUCGAGGUCCUGAUGGUGGGACUUACAUCUACAUGGCACCAGAAUGUUUUAUUUUUUCAGCACCAUCCACCACGUAUUCUGAUAUGUGGUCUUUCGGAAUAACCUUAUUAGAACUCUUCUCCAAACACUUUCCGUGGGCUAUCACAAACUAUACAGAGCUUCUUAACUUGAUGUUGUUAAAGAAUAAACCUCAAGCCAUAAAGUUCCUUUCAUCUCAUGAAAAACAUAUUCUGUUACCCUGCUUAAACUACAAUCAAGAUCUUCGGCCCUCCAUUUCUGAUGUAGUUACAAAGUUGAAGGAUUUAAAGAAAACCAGUUCAAAGAAGCACGGUGGUUUCAGAUGAUGC